AUGGAAAAUUACUUGCUAAGUUCUCCGACCCAAUUGGCCCAACCGUUUGACGAUUCGACCAUUACAUUUGAUUUGUAUGAUCAAACAUCGCAACAAUUCCCUCAAAAUCACGUGUUAUCUUUAAGUCUGAAGCAGACCCAACAACAGCUGCAGCAACAACUGCAACAACCGCAGCAACAACUCGAACUACAGCAGCCGCAUCAAAUUGUUGGAUCCCAGCACCGGGGCCACCAAGAAUACCUGCAUAAAGAUACUCACUUCAGAGAACAACAACAACCAGAACAUCUAUCACUGGCCUUGAACUUUCACUCCAAAACAGAGUAUAUUGAUGAUGGCUCGAUGUUCGAUGACGAAGUUGUACCAGUCUCCACAAACCUACCGGAAAACAAAUUCUACAUCACUGAUGAUUCUGGCUUGGGUAUAAAUAUUGUAGAUGCUGACAGCGUCAGUUUUGGUCAUUCAAGAGACGUAUCAUUGGACGAGGCAGCUUGUGUUCGCGGUCAAAAUUUUCUGCACAAUCAUAACAACUCGGUGAUGUCGUUGAAUCAGGACCCUCCAAGUCAAAAUUCAGCUAUACCUGAAUCCAUUUCCUCAAACACUAUUUAUUCGUUGGGAUCCAUACCUUCGUUUGAAUCUCCUUUGCAUCAACAACAAUUGCAACAGCACAAGGGUGGCUAUCAACAAGUAACAAGUCAGCAGACAUAUUAUCAACAACAGCCGAUGUAUCCACAACUGCAAUACCAACAACAACCACAGCAACAGCAUCAUCUUGUGCAACAGCUUCCAAAUCAACUGCAUUUUGCCUCAACUCCUAGAAGACCCGGUAGAAAUAAGUCGAUGUCGGUGUCUUCAUAUACCACUCCAUUGAGAAACUGUUCACAGUCGUUUUCACCCGUUAAUUUGGCAGCAACUGCGUUCAACAAGGUGACCAAGACCCCGGCCAAUAAAAUCAAGGGCCAUUCGCGAUCGCGAUCAAGAGUGUCUUUGGAUGCCACUGCGGCCGUACUUGCAUCGAAAACAAACUCAGCUUCGUCGUAUAAUUCUGCAUUGAAUCCAUUUUAUACACCCUCUCAGGGGAUGAAUUCGUUGGAUGACGAGGAAAACUAUGGAGCAAACAACUUGACCGCUACGCCAUUACUUACACCAGGCUCACAAAAAUUGAAAUCAUCACAAUCAACAUUUUUCAGUCCGUUUAAAAGUGAAGAUUAUGAUGACCAAUGUUUGGAAGACCAAGAGAAUGACGCUUUGAAGCAAUUGAAAAAGGCAAAGUCUUAUUCAAGUUUGAUAAAGAAGAAUAGAAAGGAUCAUGAGAUGUUGCACCAAAUGAGUAAACGCCCACAAGUGAAAAGCAGCUCAAGCUCAACAUUGUUGUUGCCCAAUGCCAUGGUACCUUUACCAAAUUCAAACCGCGAACAGCAUUCGCAACAAGAAACCCAACCACAGCAACCACAGCAGCUACAGCAACAGCAAGAGUAUUUGCAUGAUCAAGAUGAUAACGAGGAUGUGCAGGCCCACUCGAUUGAUUUGUUACUGGCUGAGUUUGACAACAAUGGCGGUACUUAUCCCCAGUUUGAUAAAAAGAUCACACAGAAUUUGAACCAGUCUGUUUCUUCAUUUAACCAGCAUAGGAAAGUACCUUCUAGUGGUGGAUUCCCAUCUGCAUCGAUCGAUUUGAGCGCAAACUUGGCUGAAGAGCCUCCUACUCAACUGGACAACAAGCAUGAGCUCAAUACUGACACGUCAUCAUCAGCUACUCCAACAUUACUACCACCAAUGGCUACUUUCCCUGUUGAAAGCUCCAAGACUAAAAAAGCAGAAGCUGUCACACCCAAACAACCCACUAGAAGGUCUACCAGAGCUAAAGCCAAAACUCAAACUAAACAAGACGAUACAUCCAAGGGUUCCAACAGCUCCUUUGAGAGCAUUAUCGAAGAGGAUGGAACUGUUACCAUUGCCAUUCCAGAAGAUCUUAACAUUACUCGACCUAAAGUGCGUAAUAAUCGCUCAGAAAAGAAUGAUAAAGUUGACCCUAGGAAAAAGCACAAGUGUCCAAUCUGCAACCUGCGAUUCCAACGUCCAGAGCACGUCAAACGACAUCUCAAGUCGCACUCUUCGGAGAAGCCGUUUCAGUGUGAAGAGCCAAACUGUGGUAAAUGCUUCAAUAGGAAGGAUAAUUUGAAGGCACAUUUGAAGAAAAUACAUGGUCUCACCAAUGUGUGA